AUGGCGCGCUCGUCGUACUAUCUAUUGGCUCUGUUGCUGUUAUGCAUCGCAUCUCUUCUCUGGUUUUCUUCAAGCCUGAAGGCCUCGGUGCCGAGCCUGACUCUCGCAUACGGUACAUGCCCGUGUCCCCACGACACCGACUCCACUCCUUCCUCGCCAGUGUUGGAGCAAUCAUCCCCCCGUGAAGGCAUCACACUCAUUUCACCUUUACCUUCACCUUCACCUUUGCCUUCGCCUUCGCCUUCGCCUUCGCCUUCGCCUUCUAAGCCAACCCAAGCAUAUUAUCUCCCCGUCAAACCCUACCACGAGCUGGUUCGGUCCCAUUUCCCGUCGAAGCUAUGGCAGAAAGCCGGCCCGCACGGCAUCGAUGAAAACUCCCAGAAUAAUAUCAAAUCAUGGCAAAAGCACAACCCCAACCUCCGGCACGAGGUCUUCACCGACGGGAGUGCCGAUCAAUACGUGCGCGACCAAUACGCCAAAUUCCCCGACAUCCUCGACACCUACCAAGACCUGCAAGUCCCGAUUCUCAGAGCCGACUUCCUUCGGCAAUUGAUCCUCUACGCCGACGGCGGCGUCUGGAGCGACCUCGACGUGACUUGCCACAAACCCAUCGAGUCAUGGAUCCCCCCUCAAUUCCGGAACAGGGCCAAUGUCGUGGUUGGCCUUGAGUUCGACGGGAGCCAGUUCGCCAGCUGGACGGUCAUGGCGAAGCCGAAAACAAGCCACAUCGCUGCGGCUAUUGAAUACAUCAUGGAUACGCUGGAGGAUGAGGCCGAGAAGGCUAACACGAUCAUCUCCGGACUGACGAUGAAGACAAUCAGCGAUGUGGUGGAUGUCACGGGCCCGCAGGCGAUGACGCGUGCAAUCCUGCGCAGUGUAUCUGCCGAACUCGGGGAGCCUGUAGGAUGGCCGAAUAUAUCGAACCUGCACGAGCCCGUUCUUCUGCAUGAUGUGCUCGUCCUUCCCAAUGCUGCUUUUGCCGCCAUGCAAGGCGGGUGGCCGACAGACCGGGGGCCGUAUCUCGUUGAGCAUCACUACGCUGGGUCUUGGAAGAAUGAUCAUGGUGGUGAAGACGUUCCCAGCAGCCCGAUCGAGCAAGAUCACCUCCAAGAGAAACCAGGUCGCCCGGCAUAG